UACCUCUGUAACGAAGUAUUACAAACGUUUAUAGCGAACUACUGGUACUACUGGUCUCGUUAUAUAUUUGUAGCUCCUAUGGUAGCUCCUCCCUCUUGUGGGCCGGGCCAUAAUCCACGCGCCAGGACCAAGAAAGUCUCAUCAUCAGGCAGCGGGUAGCAAGCUAGACUAGCUAGUAUAACUUAUCAGUCAGUUAACACAACUGGCGUAUGUAGGAAGUGACGCGACCUCUUGCGUGGUCCAUGGGCGAAGGUGGGCACGAACUUUUUUACGUGUUCACAUAAAGUGAAGUGUCGGAUGAGCUUUUUAACGAGUGAACAUAGAAAAAAAAAAUGUUAUUUAAGCCUCAUUGAUAAUAAUGUGAGAAGUGUUUUAUAGUGUGUAUAAUAAUCAUUGUGACAUCCCUCGCAUAUACGUGGUACAACUUUUGACGCAGUGUAGAGGCAGAAAGAACGAUUAAAUCGACGCAGAAAUGACGAUCUUCACGCUGUUUUUCGUAGGACUUCUGGCGCUGGCAAACGCAUUCCAGGCACCACCGAAUAACACCGAUGCUGUCAGUCCAUCCUCUGGUAGCAUCCAGAGAUCCGAGACGGAAGGGACAACUUCCUUCUACCCUCAAGAAGAAGAAGAAAAAGAAGAAGACCUAAUACAGGAAAAUGUUCCGACUUUGGAACCAGAUGUUACCAACUCUUACGAUGACGUCAAUGGCACGUUAUCCAGAGAAACAAACAAUGUCACCACGGUUUUACAUGAAACAAAUACCUCGCCUUUUCCCGAAACCGACGCUACGGACCUUGAGGAAAACAGUAGUACUACUACGAUGAUCCCCGAAACAAAUGGCACGAGUUCUCAAGAGGAAUAUACAACGGCACUCCCACAAGCUGACACAGACAAUCCCUAUUCCAAGUGUCCAGAUAUGGGAGGACGACCAGUGGCUGGUUCAGUUGUUAAGUGCCACUGCAAAGGAAAUGAGAUUUUGGUGGAUGGAGAGUGCCGGUUAUAUGACGGUGUCACUGUCAUCCCUGCCCAAUAUGAAUGGGUACUUACAAGAGAGGAAGCUUUGAGUAAUUACACUGUGAACAUUCAAGAUGUCAGUUGCGAUCCUUUGAAACACCAGUCCAUGAGCUUCACCAAGGGGCAGUUCCAUUUGAGGUCUCGGGGUGAUAUAGUUCUUCUCAUAGAUGCGGGAGACCUGGACGGGCAGCGCAUCAAUAGCUACUGCAUAGUUCACCACCUGGAUGACGAGGGCCAGCUGACCUCGACAGCAAAGGCUUGUGUACCCAUACCCUCUGUUCCAAGGUGCUGUCCUCCUGGAAAGGCUAUGAAGAACGGCAGUUGUGAGGAUGCAAUAACUCCUGAUGUGCUCACACCUCCUAUUUCUGCGAAACCCUUUUCUGAUAGCAUCGCAUGGCCUAAUAUUACAAAUUAUCUUAGCACAGUAAGAUGUGAUUCGGAACCUCUGCUAACAAUUCCUCUUGGUUACAAGCAUUCAAAUCUUGUUUCCUUAGGAAGCGGUGUAGGAAUUGGUUGGACGCCGGAAGCAGACGGAAGGCGUGUUUAUUACAACUGUCCUGACUACUGUGUUGACGGAAUUAAGAAUUCUGAUGGCUCUGUUGAAUACUUCACGAGCUUUUGUUACAAAGAUCCUGUAGCAACACACAAGGAAGCCUGUGCAAACAGUAAAUGCCUUAGGAAGUGUUGUAAACAUGGAUAUUCAAUGGACAAAAAUUAUUACAGUUGUUUGCCAGACCCCAAUUCUACUUUCGUUCCUCCUACUGACACAGAUAUUUCUAAUUACAAUGUUGUAAUCGGGUGGCCAUUAUGCACACCACCAACCAGAGUAGACGAAAAGAUCAGCGUAGACAGGACUGGCAAUCUUAUUCUCAAAGACAGAGUGGUUAACACACCUGAUUUCUGUGUGGAUACAUUCUUAGACAAUGACGACCGACAACAGAGCGCCUUGGCGUGUCUGAUGGAGACUUCUUUAUGGUUAGGUGUGCGAGCAUAUCUUUUCCCCAUCUGUAAUGUUAUCUCACUUGUCUUCCUGAUGAUUACAAUCGUUAGUCAUCUGUUGGUUCCUCGACUGCUGGCAAACGGAGGUCUGCACCAGCUGUGCCACGUGAUAGCUCUUUCCAUCGCCUACAUCACCAGCUUCACGGUUCAUGUGUUCAAUAAUCGGUUCACUGAUGAAGCCUGUGUCGACAUAGCCAUUGCUAUGCAGUUUGGGUUCCUAACAACUUUCUUCUGGCUGAAUGUGAUGUGUUUCGAGAUCUGGAGGAAGCUGAGGAGACUGAAAAAUUACCGUCCAGUCAAGUCUUACUCUCAUAAAUACUACAUGAUGUAUGGCUGGGGAAUUCCCUUUUGUAUAUGUGUGAUUACCAUUGUGAUGCAAAAAUGUGCCCCUGAUAACGUCUGGGGUGUGAUUAAGCCAUAUAUCGGUGUUUCACGAUGCUGGUUCAGAGAGGAUAUUGCCCUCCUGAUCUACUUCUACGGGCCCAUAGCCGUGUUGUUUCUCUGCAAUUCGGUAUUCCUCGUCCUCACGUACAUUAACUACAAAAUAAUGCUUCGCAACUACAAAGAAACCACCAAUGACUUGAAGAAAUUGGGGACUGGCGUCAUCAGUGACCAACGCAACAUGUCCUCCAGUAUGCCCUCACGGCAGAUCACUGACCACGUCCACGAUUUUAACCAAAAGCUGAAAAUCUUUAUCCUUAUGGCUACAUGCUGGGUUACUGAAGUGCUGUCUUGGAAAAUACCUCCUCUGGAACUCUGGGCUUUAACUGACACCCUCAAUUCCCUGCAAGGCUUCUUCCUCUUCAUCAUCUUACUGUCAAACAGCAACAAACGCAAACACCUGGAGGAGAAGUACCCAAGGCUGUUCUCGUGGAUAAGGAAAUCAAUCAAAUUCCCUACUUUUGUGAAGAGAUGGCUGCAGAACAGUGUCAAAUUGUCAUUCUCACCGGUCAGCUCACUUACGUCAAGUAUCAGCCGGCAGCUAUCCAAUUCAACAGUACUCAGUACGCUGACCUCCUCUAUCAAAACGCCUGCGCCCUCGUCAACAUCAUUCAAGUUGAGCUCAUCAUCUCCAUCUUCUGAGGUCCAGAGUUCUGUGUCCUUGGAUGACCCUGAGAAAGGAGUUAUAGUCCUCUCUCAUUCUUCCCUCCAGCCUUCGGACAGCGAUCAGGGCCUUGCCGCAGAUCCAUCCCCUCCGAGCUCCAAGACUCCAGAGGUACUGCCGAAUUCACCCUGCUAAUAGAUGCCACCAAUAAAAGAAAGAAAGACAAAUAGGCAGCUGAAAUUUCCUUUGGCAUUAAGGAAUGCUUUCGUCUCCGUCCUUUGGUGGUCAUUAGUUCCAGGACGCCGGUUCUGCAGUCAGUAAAAAAAGUAGAAAAGUACAUGACAAUCUCUCAAAGCAGAGGGCAGACAUUUGUUUAAAGAAUGUUUGGCGUUUCUUUUUCUUGCCUAAAUUAUGUACCAGUACUUCCUUGAUGAAUCCAGGACUGUGAAAAAUCUCCAAGGAAGUGAAAUUAAAGUACAAAUUUCUAUAAAAUAGGUUAAGGCUGUUGUGUAUGUAUGUGUACAAAACGUAUGAUUCUGUAUGCUGUGAAUAAGUUUUGCAACUGUAUUGUGUCUAGCCUUAUGUUUAACCUUUGACACUCAUGGGACUGAGGAAUCUACUGUGAUUUUAUACUAUAAUAUUACUUUUAAAUAUGUCCCAGUUGGUGCUUGAGUGACCGGGUUUAUAUUGCGAGUGGAUGUAUCUUGCCUUGUGCUACAAAAAGCCCAGAAUUCAACAUUUCCUGAAAUGAAAGACUUAGUUGUGUCUUAGCCAUCACCUUCUCUGUGAGCAACAAGUUUUUGCCUGGCGUAAUUAUUGUCGUACUCUUGGUAGCUAAUGCUAGACCCCUAUAAAGCUUUUCAGAUUGUAUCAAUUCUGAGUAUGUCCUUAUAUCGACUGCACAUUUUUAAGCCAAUGCAUAUCCAACCUUCCUUUUGCUUUUAGUGUUUCUAAAUUUCAUUCCUAGCAGUGUGAAAUAUUCACUCUGCUAGUCUGAGAGUGCAAAGGUCUACUCCUAUGCACCUGGUUCUCGGAAGGAGUGUAAUACUAAAUCUAUUUCUCAAGUUAUCUUGAUACAAAAUUAUUAUUUUUAUAAACCAUACCAACAUAUUACACCCCUACUGUACAGAUAUUAAUAUCUCUUGUUUCCUUUUGUACUGCAGCUGCCCAUGUGUGCAUGGAGGUUAAUGUAAGAAUUUUAUUGUUUACUCAUUCGCUUGCUGGCAAAUGUGGAUGUAUUUUAUAUAUAAAAGUUUUUGGUGUUUUAUGAAUGUUAUGUAAAUAUAAAAAUGACCAACAUCAA